CAAAGAAAUCACCACUCGUGGUCAGAGCUUGAACAGUUCAGUCAACAGCACAGCAGCACAAGUAAGACGCUUCAACCAAGGAGCGACGAUAUCCAAUCAUCAGUCGGUACUAGUAGCGUAGAGCUGGGAAAGCAAUUGCCUAAAGCAAGAAGACUGGCGGAAAGAAGCAGUCGCUUGAUUAUCAAUCAAGGCAGUAGAGGUUCACAAUUUGCUUGGACCAAGGGUCUUCUGGUAGAAGGAGGGACAUUCUCAGUCCGCACCCUCAUUCUCGAUUCGAUUCCUUCAACCUUCAAAUUCUCCAAGUUCAGUGCCAAGAAAGGCAACCUGUGCAUUAUCUAUACAUUCCAUUGAGUGAAAACACAACUAACUGGACUUUAGCUGGUUGCGUUGCAUUGCAUUUGAUUGAAUUGAAUUGAAGUUGAUUAAUAAGACCUUAGCAAGAUGGACAUUCCCUCUGCUGCAUUCGAAGACGAGUUCGAGGAUGAUUCCUCGAGGGGAGGCUCCUCACACUAUUCGGGCUACUCUGAGGAGACGUCGCGAAAGUCUAUUCGUACAACAGGGGAUACCUCUUCGUCCGAUAACAUUUCUCAAGAGGGCAAGAAUGCCGUUGUCGGGUCCAAGUUGCUCGUCUUGUUAAUCCUGGCCGUUGCCGCUGCGGGAGUGGGGUAUGCUACCUUUCGUUCUACCGCCGCUCAGGAACAGACCGUCUUUGAGACUCAGUUUCAUGACUACAGCUAUGAACUAACGACCAUUGUUCAUCAGGAAACCAAGGCGAUCUUCUUAUCUCUAGAGAACUUUGUCAGCACUGUCACUUCCUACUCACUCGACGAGGGUGCCCAGUGGCCCUUUGUGACAGUCCCACACUUUGAAGUCAGAGGGACCACUGCCAACGAACUUUCCGGUGCUACCAUUCUCGCCAUGUCGCCCAUUGUGCCUCUCCUUCAACGAGAAGCGUGGGAAGAUUAUGCCACUGCCAAUCAGGAGUGGAUCCAAGAGGGCUUAGAGAUCCAUCCAGACUGGCACGAAUAUGCCACUGACGUAGAGGGAUACGAGCUCAAGAACAUUACCUAUCCCAUUUGGCGCUAUGCCGUCGACGGACAAAUGGUGCCAGACCUGGGGAAGGGUCCGUACCUUCCCGUCUGGCAAAUGGCCACUGCUCCGCACGACCCCGCCAUUGUCAACUACAACCUGCUGGAUCACCCGGUCUUUGCACGGGUAUUUAGUGGCAUGCAACAAACCGAUCUACCCGUACUGUCCGAAGUCACGGAUCUAGAGUUCUUCUACGGAGGGGCCGUUGAAGAUGACGCCAACCAUCCACAUAGCUUCAUCCUCUAUCCCAUUCAUCAAACAUUCUCGGAAGUUGUCGAACACAACCUCAUUGAACUUCUCGGAGGAAACACGACGGCUGACAACAACACCGCCACAACACCAGAAGAACUCACCCAAGAGGACAAUCCCAUUGUGGCUGCCGCCACUGCGGUCUUGGCAUGGGAUAAGUACUUUAGCUACAUCAUGCCGGAAGAUGCAAUUGGCCUUGUGAUUGUUGUAAAGGAUACUUGCGGUGACGAAUUCACGUAUCAAGUCGAUGGUCCAACUGCUACCUUCCUCGGCAACGGGGACCUACACGACCCCAAUUACAACUACCUCGAACAAACAUCUCCCUUUGUCCCCUUUAUCCAGUGGAACUUUACCGCUGAGACCCACGAACACUGUGAAUACCACAUGUACAUUUAUCCCUCCGAAACCCUCCAUGACAAGUAUCUUACCUCCAAACCAGCAAUGUACACCGCAGUCGUCGUCUUGGUCUUUGUCCUCACCACCAUGGUCUUUGUCAUGUACGACUUUUUCGUCCAGCUACGAAACAGAAAGGUCGUCGCCAAAGCCAAACGAUCCAAUGCCAUUGUGUCGGCACUCUUCCCCAAAAACGUGCGCGAUCGAAUCAUGAAGGAAGCCGAAGAACAGGUCGAAGCCGAACUGGCCGCCAACAAAAAGGGACGCAGUCGCUUUGCCGCACCCAAAACACAACUCAAGAGCUUUUUGUCGGAUGGACAAAAGGAAAAGGACGAUCAGCAACAGCAAGGUGUCACGGCAUUUGGUGGCAAACCCAUUGCCGAUUUGUUCCCCUCGGCCACCGUCAUGUUUGCCGAUAUCUCCGGAUUCACUGCCUGGAGUUCGGUCCGAGAACCCACUCAGGUCUUUCAGUUGCUCGAAACCUUGUACAAUGCGUUUGACGAAAUCGCCGGGCGGAGGCGUGUCUUCAAGGUCGAAACGAUUGGAGAUUGUUACGUUGCCGUCGCCGGAUUGCCCGAACCCCGAAAAGACCAUGCUGUCGUUAUGGCACGAUUCGCUCGCGAUUGUAUUGGGCGUAUGAAUGAUUUGACCAAGUUGUUGGAAGUGUCGCUUGGACCAGACACCGGGGACCUUGCUAUUCGUGUCGGUAUGCACUCGGGGCCUGUGACGGCUGGAGUACUCCGUGGUGAAAAGGCUAGGUUCCAGCUGUUUGGAGAUACAGUGAACACUGCCUCUCGUAUGGAGUCCAAUGGCAUUCGGAACAAGAUCCAUAUAUCUGGCGAAACAGCCGAUCACCUGAAGGCUGCAGGCAAGAUGCACUGGCUUGUCCCACGCGAGGAGAAGAUUGUUGCAAAAGGCAAGGGUGAAAUGCAAACUUACUGGCUGGAAGUCAAGAUGCAGUCUUCAGGUUCGGCUACCUCCAAGAGCACAGAAAGCAGCGACCAUGAAAUGGAAAACAUGGAUGCCAGUCAGAAGUGCAUGGCCAUCAAGGAGAACUUGUCGCGUGAGAAUGCUCCUGUAAUCAGGCAAAAGCUCUCGCCCAAGGCUCAUCGUCUUGUCAAGUGGAAUGUAGAGAUCAUUUCUCGCUUGCUCAAACAAGUUGUUAGUCGACGCAAUGAGCUUACGAAGCUUCAGAAACGAAGAGCCCCCAGCAUGGACUUCAGAGUGGAAACUAGCAGGGAGGAUGGAACCACUGUCAUCGACGAGGUCAAGGAAAUCAUCGAGUUGCCCGAAUUCGAUGCCAAGGCUGCCAGGGACCAGCAGGAUCCUCAAACGAUUCAACUGGACCCGAAGGUUGAAUCACAGCUCUUGGACUACAUCUCACUGAUUGCCAGCAUGUACCGAGAAGUGCCAUUCCACAACUUUGAGCAUGCUUCGCAUGUCACAAUGAGCGUCACCAAGCUACUCAGUAGGAUCAUUGCCCCUGAUGAUGUUGUAGCCGGCGAGGAAGACAACGAUGAGAAGAUGGACAAGAAUCUUCAUGAUCACACGUACGGUAUCACGAGUGACCCGUUGACCCAGCUGGCGACGAUCUUCUCUGCCCUCAUUCAUGAUGUGGAUCACACGGGGGUACCCAAUGCACAACUGGUCAAGGAAGGUGUUGAGAUUGCCGACAUCUACAAGGGCAAGAGUGUUGCAGAACAAAACUCCAUAGAUAUUGCGUGGGAGUUGCUUAUGGACCCGUCCUUCGAGGAAUUGCGGCAUACAAUCUAUGGCACUGCAGAGGAAAAGAAGCGUUUCCGACAGCUUUUGGUAAACGUCGUGCUUGCUACGGAUAUCGUGGAUAAAGAGCUCAAGGAACUACGCAACAACCGAUGGGACAAGGCGUUCAAGGGCGACGAUUCCGGCAAGCCGACAGCGCUGAUGAGUCGAGAAGAAGUCAACCGUAAAGCCACCAUUGUUUUGGAGCACAUCAUCCAAGCAUCGGACAUCUCGCACACAAUGCAACAUUGGCAUGUGUACAGGAAAUGGAACGAGCGCUUCUUUGAUGAAAACAUGAAAGCCUAUAAGGAAGGUCGAAUGGAGAAGGACCCGUCCGAAUUCUGGUAUAAGGGAGAGAUUGGUUUCUUUGACUUUUACAUCAUCCCUUUGGCCAAGAAGCUGAAGGAAUGUGGCGUGUUUGGUGUGUCUUCAGAUGAGUAUCUGAACUACGCCACUCAAAAUCGCAGGGAAUGGGAGCUGCGUGGGGAAGAGGUUUUGGCUGAAAUGAUGCAAAAAUAUCAGCAAUAAAGAGCGGAGCGGCUUCGACUGAACAUACUGUGAAUAUCCGGGGAUUUGUUGAUUGCAUUGAUUAAAUUUUGCUACUGCACGCAUCCUGUAAAGAAAUAAAUGGUGAUAGAUUUGACAACUCUUCCCUGUGUCUCUGUCGGUUGGUCGGCUGCAUGGCUAGCAUGCCGUGGG